AUGGCGCAGUCGAUUCCACCGGGUGAUAUCCAUACCCAACCGGGGUCAAAGAUUGUCUUCAAUGCCCCGUACGAUGACAAACAUACAUAUCACAUUAAGAUUACUAAUGCCGGUGGUCGUCGCAUUGGUUGGGCUAUUAAAACGACCAAUAUGCGCCGCCUAGGUGUUGACCCACCAUGUGGCGUCCUGGACCCAAAGGAGAAUGUUCUCAUGGCAGUCUCGUGUGACACAUUCGAUGCAUCGAAGGAAGACAUCAACAACGACCGUAUUACCAUCGAAUGGACAAACACACCGGAUGGCGCUGCGAAACAGUUCCGCCGCGAAUGGUUCCAGGGCGAUGUCAAGCGGCAACGCUACUGGAUUUUCCUAAUGGCGCAGUCGGUUCCACCGGGUGAUAUCCAUACCCAACCGGGGUCAAAGAUUGUCUUCAAUGCCCCGUACGAUGACAAACAUACAUAUCACAUUAAGAUUACUAAUGCCGGUGGUCGUCGCAUUGGUUGGGCUAUUAAAACGACCAAUAUGCGCCGCCUAGGUGUUGACCCACCAUGUGGCGUCCUGGACCCAAAGGAGAAUGUUCUCAUGGCAGUCUCGUGUGACACAUUCGAUGCAUCGAAGGAAGACAUCAACAACGACCGUAUUACCAUCGAAUGGACAAACACACCGGAUGGCGCUGCAAAACAGUUCCGCCGCGAAUGGUUCCAGGGCGAUGGUAUGGUUCGUCGCAAGAACCUUCCAAUCGAAUACAAUCUUUAA